AUCAACUGCGGGAACAAGUACCUGACGGCCGAGGCCUUCGGCUUCAAGCUCAACGCGUCGGCGCCCAGCCUGAAGAAGAAGCAGAUCUGGACGCUGGAGCAGAACGGCGACGACUCGAGCGUGGUCUUCCUGAAGAGCCACCUGGGCCGCUACCUGGCGGCCGACAAGGACGGGCAGGUGAGCUGCGAGAGCGAGGCGCCCUCGGCCGACUGCCGCUUCGUCAUCGUGGCGCACGACGACGGGCGCUGGUCGCUGCAGUCGGAGCCGCACCGGCGCUUCUUCGGCGGCACCGAGGACCGGCUCUCGUGCUUCGCGCAGGGCGUCUCCGGCGCGGAGAAGUGGGGCGUCCACCUGGCCCUGCACCCGCAGCUCCACCUCUUCAGCCUCAGCCGCAAGCGCUACGCCCAGCUGGGCGCGGCCGGCGAGGAGCUGGCCGUGGCCCGCGACGUGCCCUGGGGCGUGGACGCGCUCAUCACGCUGCUCUUCCACGAGGGCCGCUACCGGCUGCAGACGCGCGACCACCGCCUGCUGCCAUCUAUGUCUUCUCUUCUAGGGAUCGAUCUUUCAGCAAAUCAAGAUGAAGAGAGUGACCAAGAAACCUUCCAAAUGGAAAUCAACAAAGACACAAAGAAAUGCACCUUCAGGACUUGUACUGGGAAGUACUGGACUUUGACCUCAAAUGGUGGGGUGCAAUCCACUGCCUCAACUAAGAAUGCCAACUGUUACUUCGAUAUCGAGUGGUGUGACCGACGCAUCACUCUGAAAGCUGCCAAUGGCAAAUAUGUUACAGCCAAGAAGAAUGGGCAACUUGCUGCCACGGUUGAAACUGCCAGUGAGACGGAGCAGUUCCUCAUGAAGCUGAUUAACCGGCCAAUCAUUGUUCUUCGUGGAGAACAUGGCUUCAUUGGCUGUCGGAAGAUGACGGGCACCCUAGAUUGCAAUCGAUCUUCUUAUGAUGUCUUUCAGCUGGAGUUUAAUGAUGGUGCCUACAAUAUCAAAGAUUCCACUGGGAAAUACUGGAUGGUUGGGAAUGAGGCAUCCAUUACCAGCAGCAGCGAUACUCCCGUGGACUUCUUCUUUGAGUUCUGCGACUUUAACAAGGUGGCCAUCAAAGUCAACAACAAAUACCUGAAGGGUGACCAUGCUGGAGUCCUCAAAGCCACUGCCGAUGCCAUUGACCCGUCCACCCUCUGGGAGUAUUAAAUGCACUUUAGUGUCCUUCCCUUUGCUCCUGGUUUCCUCUCUCCCCUACUUCCUUUUCAGUUGCCAACUUCCUGCAGGGUUUUUCUUUGGUAUGUUCUGGUGUGUCUUUUCCAAAAGAGAGGGUUUAUAUCUUACACACUGGCCUGCUGCCUUUUGUCUGCCAUAUUGUUUUUUGUUUUUUAAGUUGGCCUUUUUCCCUUUAUUAUGUGAGUUCAUUUAAGACUGGAAAAAUAUUAUUCACCUGCAGAAAAUGUCGUGCUCUCAGUUUAGACUUGGAGGGGGGAGGAAAGAAGGGAAAAGUUGGGUUGUAGAUGAGCAAAUCUCUCCUUUUGCUUCUGCUGGUCCUCCUGAAUUGAAAAGGAAUAUAUUUCUCAUAAUGGGAACCAGCAAACAUACCCCACUCCACCCCCAUCUCUUAGGGCUCCCCCUCAGUAGGUGGGUCCCCAGGAACUUGAGAUCAGCAAGAGUCUGCUUUGGAAAAUCUUGGGUUGCUACCAUGCUGAUUUUCUGGCUCACUGCAGGUGGCAUGCAUAACUAUUGUUCAAACUGGGCCUUCCAGUCUGGGGGCCAUUUUCUGUAGUAGGAGUUAGAGUUCUCUUUCUUGGCCUUUGAUUUUGAGUUACUUACCCCCAUUCUCUAGGGAAGGUAGAGAAGAAGUAGCUUAGGGUAUCUUGUCAUUCCAUGUGAUGAGAGAAGGGGUAAGUCAGCCAGUCAAGGUGAGAGUCCAAGGUGAGCUACCAAAGCAGGACAGGCACAAGCUCUGUCUAUAUGUUCACAGAUCAAAUGAGCUGCUUUUUAUGAAUGGAAUUGUGUUGGACCUCUAGACAUUCAUCUCAUAAAAGACUCAUGUGAGUUCCUUCUUUGUACACUUGCGUGCUUUUAAGUGCCCCCAAAGCAUCUCUCAACAUCUCCAAAAAUCAUGCUGAGAAGCCAUUGAUGCUGCCUUAUGGUUCCUUUCCCUUUCUCCCUGGAAGGUGCAACUGUUACAGAAAUGUCCUCCUUUUGUACGUUCUCAUAUUUGGUGUCUUAGAAUUUCGUUAGAGCAGGCCAGGACUACCUUGAAGCUGUUGCCUAUGGAUUGCUGCAUCAGAUAGAUGUUGAGUUGCACGUUACGUCGGCACAUCCUUUUCUUUCUUUUGCCUUGGGUGGGGAAAAACAUCUCAGCAUCUCCUAUUUCCCUCCACCGUGCACCCAUGACAAAGGGGGUUUCCCUGCCAGCAGUUGCCCACGUGAUACAACUGACUUGGAGACAGAUCUCCAGCUGAACAGGACCUUAGACGUGGCACAGAUCAGUCUGCAGGACUGAGUCCUGCGGACCCCCCUGGGUUUCCCCCAAGUGCUUCCCAUUGAAAUGCCUCAAUAGAUUACGGGGUAGGUAUGAAGGACAAGAUUGGGGAAGGCAGCAGCAGGGGGGUGAAACAAAGAGGGGAAGCCAUGCUGCGUGUGCACAAACAUUCAGGGGAAUCCUUCAUCUCCAACUACGUGUGUGUUUUCCUUAAAACAGCAACAUUUGCACAGUACACGGUCACUACAUUUCUCUGUCUGUUGACCUGAACUGGAAUUUGUCUUCUUCCCACCACCCAUUCGCUCUGAGAGUGAACCCGUUUCUGGCUUCUGCAUCUCGAUAGCAGUCCUUCCUACAUCUCAUCUCCUCUCGACAAGUUAUGUGAGGUCUGCCCAAGACUGUUCCCAAGCAUCUCAUGCCCCACCGGGCCCGCUUUUGCGAUUCUGCACCUGCUGUGCAGAGUUCCUAAAAAUGGAAAGUUUAACAGAAAGUGUCUUCUCUUUAUCUAGAUAAACCUACCGAGCCAACCUAACUUAGCCUCUCUAAUAGGUUUUUUGUUCUGUAUAGCCAACUUGAACCUUUGUAACAUGUUGCUUAACUGCUUGAGAGUUUGGAAGAGUCGUGUGUUGUACGCACACCUUAGUGCGGACUUUUUUUUUGCCCAAUGCGAUGCCUUCUUGGGGUUUUAUCUCUGUUUCCUUAGGCCAAACCUACACUGCCAGAGCAGGACCCCCAAUUUACACAUCUGAAAUGGUGCUCUAGUAUCUUUCUAACCAGAUCCAUGAAUUUGUAAGACCCAAAUUUGUAUUUGCUAAACACGUGAUUUUACAGGAUCCACGGGAGCAGGGUUUGCCGCAUUUCAAAGGGGUGGUGGUUCUUUGAUUAACGAAGACAAGAGCAGGGACAUGUUCUAAGCCUUAAAAACAUCAACACUCUGCCAUCAUAAGGUGUCCUCCAUAGGAAUUGGUGCUAUAUUUUCUAGCAAUGGGAAUUACUUGCCUUAUGAGUAAAGAGGGUUUGAGCCGGGGUUCAUCUGGGAACCUUACUUGGGGUGUACUGAAGUUCUGGAAACUGUAAAAAAACAAAACUGGAAGGUUUCUUGUGAAAGAAACUACCAUUUUGGGAGCAGAGAUGACCACCCCAUGGGCCAAGCAUGGUUCUAUAACUUCGACGUUUGUAGGCCUUAGCAUUUUGUCCUGUGUCUCUUCCCCACCUGGUGACAGUUGGACCAUGUACACCUCACUGCCUUUCCCCAUGUAACAGUUUUAAGUCAAGAAUUCUUGCCUUCUAUUCCCUUGACUAUUGUGACUAUGAAAAGCAUCUCAUAUUCUGAUAUGUUUAGUUAAUGUUUUUUUUUCCUUUUAAAAACAAUUUUGUAAGUGCCAUUUGUAUAAGAAGCAUCAAAUGGAGAAGAGAAUUGACAAAAUAAAGACGUGCAUUCAGAUAAACUAA